GUUGAAUAAUUUUCCAUUUUGUGUAAUUUUGACCCAACUCCUUUUUGUGUUAAUCACCUUCAAUGAUACUCCAACUCUCAAACUGAUACAUCCGAUGUUACAAACUAUGGAAAUAGCUUGUUGCCCAGUUUUGCCGCCCAGUGAAUAAGCAAUGAGCCUGAAGGCUUAUAACGCUAAACUCCAGGUUUCAAUACCCGUUUUGGGCACAGCACAGAUAGCUAAUACUUAAUUUUUUGAAAAUGCUAGUAACAUCCACAACAUAUUAAGAUUUUCUUAUUAUUUAUGUUUUCUCUUCAAACCCAUGUGGCAUAAAGUGAGUAAUUAAUUUACAAAAAACUAUUAAUCUUUAUCUCGACAAGCAUAAGAGAGAAAAAAAUAACUGGCACAUUCUCACGUUGUUACUAGAUGGUAUUCAUUUUCAACAAAAUAAUGGCUCCUGUAUUGUAUUUAACUAGAGUAGAAAAGUUCAGUGCAUGUCACAGACUGCAUAGUAAGCGUUUAUCAGAUGAAGAAAACAUCAAAACUUAUGGAAAAUGCAAUAAUCCAAAUGGCCAUGGACAUAAUUAUAAAGUUGAAGUUACUGUCAAGGGUGAGAUUGAUGAAACAACUGGGAUGGUUAUGAACAUUGCUGAUUUGAAAAAUUAUAUGAAUGAAGCUAUUAUGAAGGUCAUAGAUCAUAAGAAUCUGGAUAAAGAUGUACCAUAUUUCAUAGAGAAAGUCAGCACUACAGAGAAUGUAGCUGUGUUUAUAUGGGAGUCCUUAAAACCAUACAUUCCUUCAGGUCUUCUACAUUCUGUGAAGAUUUAUGAAACAGAUAAAAAUAUUGUAUACUUUCAAGGAGAAUAUACUGAAUAAGCCAUAUCUUGUAAUAUUUGUUGUUAACCAUUUUUUUUAGAUGUAUUGCUAAUAUCUGGCUUUUUUUGUUAUUUCUGUGAAUCUCAAAAUGAAUCAAAUAUUUAUGUAAUGGUUGUGAUGAGGGAAAAUAGGAUGUGGAUAGUGUGUAAAUGAUAUGGUGAAGUAACAUUCUUUAUUAUUAUUUUAUAAUUGAACUGUGAAUAUUAUAGUUAUUAAACACACUUUAUUUUUAUUAUUAUUGUGUUACUUAUGAAAAUACUACUUAAGAUACCUGUAGUAAAAGUGUAUUAAAUUUUCCUUAAUAAUAGGGAGAAUAAAACCAGUUAAAAUAUUAUUGAUGAAAUACUAUUGUUACACAUUAUUUGUGGAAAUACUACUACUUAAAAUAAUCUUAUUAAAGUAGAGCAUAUUGUACUCAUGAAUUAUAAAAGUAGUAUCAUUUAAAAUACUUUCCCAUGUAGAGUGCUUUAUUGUUUUUUUCAUAUGCUUUGUAUAAUGAGUAUAGUAAUAGUUACAGGUUUUAUGAAAUAGUAUGCCCUGUUGUUUUGUAUUUAACAUAACAUAAUGUUCUGGGACAACAAGGGACCUAUUGAUCCAUCUCAGCUGUCCCAUCCUC